AUGCAUUUCACUACUCAGAAAGAGGGAGGGGAGAAGGAAGUCGGUUUCUUUACCUGGCGGAAGUGGUAUCUCCAUCCAACUUGGGGCAAUGCGAUUCUCUCUGAUGAUACUGAAGAGGUAUGCAGAGGAGAUGCCUGCUUUCUUCAAUAUCUCCGUGAGAAGAAAGUUCUGUAA